AUGUUCCUGCUCAAGCCGCCGUCCGCGAGUCCGAGCGCCGCGCCCGACGCGUCCAGCCGCCGCCUGUGCGUGGGGCUCGUGGCCUCCGAGUGGAAGUACGUGGCCGAGGGCGGCGCCAACGUGCUGUUCCGGCACCGGCCGGCGCCCGAGGCCGCGUCCAGCGCCGUCGCGCGCGAGUUCAAGGGCAAGCUGCUGCGCGUUAAGAAGUGCGACGUGGUGGACGACAAGAAGCAGCAGACGCAGAAGAAGAAGACCAAGCGCCGCCCGUCGGGCGAGAAGCCCUACGUGCCGCACUACCCGCACCCGAGACAGGUGCUGGACUACGCCACGCACGAGAUCAUGCCCUACCUGGAGCAGCAGCUGCACGGCGUCGGCGUUCACAGCCGACGGGAGAACACGUACCUGCAGGUGGCGGAGCUCGUGGACGUCGAGCGCGGCUUUUUGCAGGCGCUCAACGCGCAGCUGCUGGCGCUCGAGACGCGACCGGCCCAUAGACGACACAGUCAGAUCGACGUCUCGCUGCAGUGUGUGAUGGUGCUGCCGGACGUGACGCUGCCGCCGCCGGCCGAUGACUGCCUUCCCACGUUCUUCCAGUCGACACGGAGUCUCCUGGAGGCAGAAGAUGACGCUGCCGACAAAGACGAGGAAGAGGACGAAGAGGAGGAGGAGGUGCCCAGGUUAAAACGGCGAGAGUCGCUGUCAGAUCAGACGGACGAGGAUGACGCGGACUGUGAGCAGGACGAGGAGGAGACGGACGGGACGGAGGCUGACGGCAAGCCGUACAUUGUCUGCAGCAGCACCAGUGUCAGCAGUGCAUCGGACAAGGAAGACGACGACGACGAUGAAGAGGAGGAGGCGACAGUGCUAAAGGAGACGUUGACGGCUACACUGGGUCGGUCUGCGAGUCUGCAGCGAGCUAGCGUGCCCCGCACACUCAAGAGUGUACACAGCAGCUCGUUCCGAGCCGGAAACGUGUUUGACUGCUGCUUCCGCAAUAUUUGCGUGGAGCUGAAGCCCAAGAUCGGCUUCAAGCCCAAGGGUCCACUGGUCAGCCCUACCAAGGCGCGCGUGUGUCGAUUCUGCAUGCACCAGCACUACAAGAAGCGCACUGGCAAGGUGGAGGAGAUCAGCCAGUACUGCCCAUUGGAUUUGUUCUCCCGCGACCCCGCACGGAAGCGGCGAGCACUUCGAGCCUUGCAGCGAACCCCGCAAAACAACUUCAAGGUGUUCGUGCGGUCAGCGGAAGACGAAGUCGUGAACGUCAUCACUGGUAUGAACGCGGACGCUCUACCCAAGGGCGCGUCUCAGUCACGCUAUUCCUACUGUCGGCGCAAACGAAUGGGGUUCCGUCAUUCGUGUCAGUCCAUCGGCGCAGAACGCGAGCUACCGUUCAACGAGGAGGCAGCGGAGCACGAGCGAGACCACGCCCAGUUGAUGCCCGAGGUAGUGGAGCUCAUUACCCAAGUUUUGCAGAAACUAGACAUUUUGGAGGACCUCAAGCAGAUGCAGUUGCUGGACCACAUUUCAGUCGAUGGAGUGAGGCAUCUCCAGCUGCUGCUGCAGCGGCUCGAUGAAGAAAAUAAGCGCGAGCAAGCCUCAUCGUCGGUAGAGGAUCCCACGGUAGGUCAGUUAAUAGCAGCAAUCCGAGCGCGCAGCGAUUCUCCGAUGGAUGAAGACGUGGACCAGGAGGGCAGUCUCGCUCGCGGCUUGGCUUUCUUGCGCAUCGCCAUCAACCAUCUCCCGGAUCUGGACGUGCUGCAGGAAGUCGAGUCUUUGGAAUCCAUGCAACUGCAGCAGUUCCACGACUUGUACAAGGAGCUGGAGAAGAGGUUCCAGGUGGCCACGACACUCAAGGACUGCUCGCUGCUGCUGUGCCUGCGCCGCUCGCCUGGCGACGACGCCAACCGAAGCGGCGGCCAGCGAGACGAGAAGCCGCGGACCCGCUUCCAGCACCUCGUGGAGUUCGAGCACCACGUGCGCUUCCGCGACCUGGCGUUCGACUGCGUCGUGGCGAUCGUGGAUCUGGAUGUCAAGUCGCACAAGUCGGUGGAGGACUACUACCGGCUGGACGAGAAGAUAGCGACGAACUUCCACCGCGAGUUCGGCGACCGCGGCGUGGCGCAGGUGCUCUGCCACGAGGACUGA